AUGCAAUGGAUGUAUCCAUGUGGCGGCCUCAACGUAACCCAGAACCGAACCCACUGGCCUCUCGAAGGCGGUGCCAUCGCCGUCCAGCCCGGCUACAACAGCGGCCACCAGAGCGCCCUCAUGUACGCCAACAUCGGCUUGGGUGAAGUGCCAUCAAACUUCACCACAGUCAUGGUUCCGAUGUUCCACCUCACCGGUCCCACGAACGAGGCCUACGACGGCACAGUCUGUCUGCCGCAUGUCCCUCUUCCGAAAAACGUGGAGCCGAAGGAGGGCGAUUUGGCGACGAUACAGGUCGUUCAGGCAGCGAGGCAUGGUGGUGCUCUUUUCAGCUGCGUCGACAUCAUUUUCACAGGCGAUGAGUCCAAGAUUGCCCCAGUGAACGAAAGCAACUGCUUCAACUCGUCGGGUCUGAGCAUCCAAGCUGCGAGUAUCGCGAUAAACGAAAACUCAAUUACGGACCCGUCUCCUACGGUCGUUUCCACUCCUUCUCCUACGAACGCUGCAAUCCGCAUGGUGGCGCCGGUGUCGGGCUUGAUUGCUGUAUUGUUGCUUCUGGUAUAG